AGACAGGCGCCGAGGUGGGGGAGGGUAAAAGAGGGAGCCUCUCACGUGAGCUGAGAACCGGCUCUCUCGCCAGCCCCCUCCCCCUUCCCCCGCAGGGCAGAUAUGGAAACUGAGGCCCAGAAUGGACGUUUAUCUGACGUCCCCGGACUCAGGCCGCCGGAUCCGAUCCCCGUGCGGGGGGCCGGCACGCUGCGGGCGGCCGCCCCCUAAUGCUUGGAGAAUGAAUGAACCCGUGUGUGCGGAGGUGUGUCCGCUUGGCCAUUCGGGCCGCUCCGCUCGGGCCUCCCGGACAGCCCAGAAGCAGCGGGCCCCUACUCAUGCCCAGCACCCCGCCCGGGGUUGGGCUGCUUUGGCAAAAAUUCAGUCGGGCCUGACUCAGAGCUGCCGGGGAGAGCCCAAAAGGACAGGAAUGUCUUCUCUGUUCACGGGAAAAGUCCUGAUAAGGAACAACAGUGAUUGGGACGAGGUGGACACAGAGCAGGAGCUGAGCAUCAAGCUGGACAACAAGGUGCUGUUGCUGUAUUUUGGGGCUGGGGAGUGUCCUGAGUGCCAGGCCUUUGCCCCCAUCCUCAAGGACUUCUUUGUGAAGCUCACGGAUGAGUUCUACGUGAAUAGGGCCUCACAGAUUGCACUGGUGUACAUCUCCCAGGACCAGACCCAAGAGCAACAGGAGUCAUUCCUCAGAGAUAUGCCCAGGAAGUGGUUGUUUCUGCCAUUCCAGGAUGAGCUGAAAAGGGACCUUGAGCGGAUGUUUGCUGUGGACCACGUCCCCAUGGUAGUAGUGCUGAAGCCUAGUGGUGAGGUGGUCACCAGGGAUGCUGUGGAGGAAAUCGGCCGGCUUGGGCCCGCCUGUUUCUGGAACUGGCAGGAGGCCUCCGAGGUCAUAGACCGAAACUUCCUAUUAGCUGAAGACUUUGACGACUUGCCAUCCAGGAGCUUCACUGAUCCCAUCCGACGACUCAAGUACAAGAUUGAGAAGGAGCCUUCUAAAGAUGAUUCAAAAGAGGAGGAAGACGGGGAUAAAGCCUUUUUCUGAGCCCACUGAGUGGGCUCAGAAAUGGGCCCUGGCCAGAAGGUGCCAACCCUAGAGGAAAUUGCCUACUGACUGCUAGAUGUUUGGGCUCCUAUAGAAACUUGCAGGAGGAGAGGCACGAAAGACACUGAAGGGAGGAGCAAACAGCGGAUCCAUCUUGUGAAUGAACCUUGAAAUCUCAGGGGACAGUCUUCCCUUCCUGCUUGUCUCUGUCCUACCUGCUCUCCUCAGGAUUGGGCCCCAAAGGGACAUGACUGUUCCUAGGGAGAUACCUGGAGCUUCAGAGGCCACAGGCUGACACUCCAACUUCUAUGUAUAAGUCGGACUCAUUUAUAUUUAUAGAGAAGGAAAAAUACUGGAAACAGUUCUUAGAGAUGGCUAAAACAAAGGUUAACAGUUCUGCAAAGAGCACAAAGACCAUAGUCACAUCAUAAUAGGCCCAAAAAAGAAUGGAUACAACCUGAGGGAUAUGCGAGCAAGAACAUCAGAUAAAUCUUCUAAUUGUUUAAGACAAAUAAAUGAAUGAUACGUGCACUCUAUUCUUCAUAUCAGGACCCAUACAACCACAAAGCUUUUGACCUGGGGACUCUGCCAUUCCAUCCGUAAUUCAGUGGUUUUACAAAUGCUAUCAAGUAAUAAUGCUAAAAAAGUGUAAACUGGUUUCUUUCCCUAAGACUAGUACAGUAUAGAAAAUUGGCUUAAAGAUGGGUUCUAUAGCCUUCAUAUGAACAUGAAAUGUCCCUAAAGACAAACAGUUAGUUCAUGGCAGAAGAUGAGAAUGAAAAAGCAACACAAAAUCUGCAACACCAGCCUUUAACAACUCUGUACAUGGCACCAUCUGCAAGAGCUGUCCAGCCCACUCUACAGUCUACGCACUUUAGCAGUCACUUAACUGUGCCAUUUCAAGAGGAGCUAAGUCACUAGGAGAGUGAAGAACAUGAGAUUGUAGGGAACCAAAUUUUGGAAUUGCAAGGGACCUUAAUGGUAAUUUAAUUCAACCCAUACCUGAAUCAGAAUCUCCUGGACAAAGUACCUGCUAAAAAAUUUUCUAGCCUUUGAGGACCUUCUCCAAAGGGGAGUCCAUCCCACUUGGGGAAGAGUUCUGAAUUUCAGACAGUCUUUCUUGACAUCAAGCCUAAAGUUGAUCAGCCACUUUCUAAUUUCUACCCUUUGCUGCUCAUAUAGUCUCUGGGGACAAACACACCAGAUGUCUAUGAAUAGCCCUUCAUAUACCUGAAAUGGUUUCGUCUCGUUGCAUUG